UGUUGGCGUCGUGGGGCAGCGCGAAUACCGGCGUCGUGCGCUCAGUCUUUAGUGAGCCGCAGGAGAGUGUACACCGACAUGAAGAUACUGACCAACUUCGCUACCAAGGAGGUGCCAGAGGAUCACAACAACAAUGACAACGCACCCCCUACCACCCUCACAGACACUUCUAAACUGUUCAGCGUGUCACCCGUGACCCCUGCUCUGUUCCUGUCCGGUGCACCCGCUGUCAGAGAAGAUGUCCUUGUCAGCUUGGGCGUGAGCUGUGUCAUCAGUGCCGCCCCAGAGUUACCACCGCCGCCGCUACCCCCUCAAGUUUCAUUAGUACUAAGACUACCCCUAAAGGACCAGCCCACAGAAGACCUCCUCUCCCAAUUGCAUACAGUGAGCGACACUAUCCACCAGGUAAUCCAAGAUGGCGGACGCGUACUGGUCCACUGCUUGGCGGGAGUAAGUCGGUCUGCCGCCCUUGUCCUGGCCUACCUUGUCAAACAUAGGGACCUGACGUUGAGAAGCGCCUUUCUACACUUACGCGCCUGCCGCCCAGCAGUGCGACCCAAUUCAGGCUUCUUCAGACAACUCAUCGAGUUCGAGAAUCAAACAAGAGGCACGUCAUCGGUGGAGAUGGUGUUCAACCCCGCAGCUAGAGCGCACAUUCCCGAUCUGUAUGAGGCCGACUAUCAGAACACGCUGUGUUUCAUUAACAACAGGAACUUUGGAAAACACUAACCACUAGUCUAGUAUACUAUGUUAUCAAAAUGGUUAAAUAGUCUCUAUUAAUAAUCUAUUUUUAUUAAUUAAUUUGGUUAGUGCAUGAACUAUUCAGAGUCCGUGCUGGAGUUCUCAGAUAAUUAGCCUAUUUUUAUAAGUAACUAGCUGUUUCCCGCGGCUUUGGGCGCUUUUCUUAAGCUUACCCAUGUAUGAGCAAUUCUGGUUCAAAUGAAUUAGAUUCCAACGCCAAUGUAGAGUUUACCUUGUUGCCAUGACCAAAACUCUGACAAAAUUGUAUGUUAUAGCCAUUGUACACGUACAUGUACUUUAUUAUAAAGUGGGCUAACACUCAAGCUUUGAGUUAUGACAAAAAUUAAUUUUAAAGACAAAUUUAAUAUACAUCGUAACUUAGCGCCUUCAAAUAGU